AUGGCUUGUUUCCAGGAGACUAGAUGGGUGGGGAACAGGGCUCGGGAGGCUGAUGGGUUUAAGUUAUGGUACUCGGGGAGGGUGAGAGGGAAGAAUGGCGUAAGAAUUUUAGUUAAUAAGGAUCUAAGGGAGCUAAUGGUUGAGGUUAAGAAGGUGGGUUUGGAUGAGGAGGUUAAAAGACGCUUUUGGGAAGAUUUGGAUGGGUUGGUGCGGGGUAUACCGUCCAUCGAGAAGCUUAUUAUACGGGGUGAUUUUAAUGGCCACAUUGGGAGGUCGCCUGGGGGAUAUGACGGUGUGCAUGGUGGCUUCGAUUUUGGAGAUAGAAACGGAGGAGUUACUUCGUUGCUAGAGUACGCUAAAGCUUUUGAGCUGGUGAUCACAAACUCGUGUUUCCCGAAGAAGGCAGAGCAACUGAUAACUUUUUGGAGACGGUGGCCAAGACCCAGAUUGAUUAUCUACUUCUCCGGAAAUGUGAUAGAGGUCUAUGCACGGAUUGCAAGGUCAUCCCGAGACGAAGAAGAUGCCCGAAGAUUGGAGGUGAAGUACGAUGAUCCCGUUGUACAAGAACAAGGGGGAUGUCCAAAACUACAAUAA